CCCUCCCCCCCAGGCCUGAUGAGCAGGUCUCGCGCCUCCAUCCAUCGGGGGAGCAUCCCCGCGAUGUCCUAUGCCCCCUUCAGAGAUGUACGGGGACCCCCUAUGCACCGAACCCAAUACGUUCACUCCCCGUAUGAUCGUCCUGGUUGGAACCCUCGGUUCUGCAUCAUCUCGGGGAACCAGCUUCUCAUGCUGGAUGAGGAUGAGAUACACCCCCUUCUGAUCCGGGACCGGAGGAGCGAGUCCAGUCGCAACAAACUGCUGAGACGCACGGUCUCCGUGCCGGUGGAGGGGCGGCCCCACGGCGAGCAUGAAUACCACUUGGGUCGCUCGAGGAGGAAGAGUGUCCCAGGGGGGAAGCAGUACAGCAUGGAGGCCGCCCCCGCCGCACCCUUCCGGCCCUCGCAAGGCUUCCUGAGCCGGAGGCUAAAAAGCUCCAUCAAACGCACGAAGUCACAACCCAAACUUGACCGGACCAGCAGCUUCCGCCAGAUCCUGCCUCGCUUCCGAAGUGCUGACCAUGACCGGGCCCGGCUGAUGCAGAGCUUUAAGGAGUCGCACUCUCACGAGUCCCUGCUGAGUCCUAGUAGUGCGGCCGAGGCCUUGGAGCUCAACUUGGAUGAAGACUCCAUUAUCAAGCCAGUGCACAGCUCCAUUCUGGGCCAGGAGUUCUGUUUUGAGGUAACAACGUCAUCAGGAACAAAAUGCUUUGCCUGUCGUUCUGCCGCUGAAAGGGACAAAUGGAUCGAGAACCUGCAGCGGGCAGUGAAGCCCAACAAGGACAACAGCCGCCGGGUGGACAACGUAUUGAAGCUGUGGAUCAUAGAGGCUCGGGAGCUGCCCCCCAAGAAGCGGUACUACUGUGAGCUCUGCCUAGAUGACAUGCUGUAUGCACGCACCACCUCUAAGCCCCGCUCGGCUUCGGGGGACACCGUUUUCUGGGGUGAGCACUUCGAGUUCAACAACCUGCCGGCCGUCCGGGCCCUGCGGCUGCACCUAUACCGUGACUCAGACAAAAAGCGCAAGAAGGACAAGGCAGGCUAUGUCGGCCUGGUGACUGUGCCUGUGGCCACCCUGGCCGGGCGCCACUUCACAGAGCAGUGGUACCCUGUGACCCUGCCGACUGGCAGCGGGGGCUCUGGGGGUAUGGGGGGAUCAGGUGGGGGAGGGGGCUCUGGGGGUGGCUCAGGGGGCAAGGGCAAAGGAGGUUGCCCAGCGGUGCGGCUGAAGGCGCGUUACCAGACGAUGAGCAUCCUGCCCAUGGAGCUGUAUAAGGAGUUCGCCGAGUACGUCACCAACCAUUAUCGGAUGCUUUGUGCGGUGUUGGAGCCCGCCCUGAAUGUCAAGGGCAAGGAGGAGGUCGCCAGUGCUCUGGUUCACAUCCUGCAGAGUACGGGCAAGGCCAAGGACUUCCUUUCAGACAUGGCCAUGUCCGAGGUGGACCGGUUCAUGGAACGAGAACACCUCAUAUUCCGCGAGAACACGCUCGCCACUAAAGCCAUAGAAGAGUACAUGAGACUGAUUGGUCAGAAAUACCUCAAGGAUGCCAUCGGGGAAUUCAUCCGUGCUCUGUAUGAAUCGGAGGAGAACUGUGAGGUGGACCCCAUCAAGUGCACGGCGUCCAGUUUGGCUGAGCACCAGGCCAACCUGCGGAUGUGCUGUGAGUUGGCCCUGUGCAAGGUGGUCAACUCCCAUUGCGUGUUCCCGAGGGAGCUGAAGGAGGUGUUUGCGUCCUGGCGACUGCGCUGUGCAGAGAGGGGCCGAGAGGACAUUGCGGACCGGCUGAUAAGCGCCUCGCUCUUCCUGCGCUUCCUCUGCCCGGCCAUCAUGUCACCCAGCCUCUUCGGGCUCAUGCAGGAGUACCCAGAUGAGCAAACCUCGAGAACCCUCACGCUCAUCGCCAAGGUCAUCCAGAACCUGGCCAACUUUUCCAAGUUUACCUCAAAGGAGGACUUUCUGGGCUUCAUGAACGAGUUUCUGGAGCUGGAGUGGGGUUCCAUGCAGCAGUUCCUGUACGAGAUCUCCAACCUGGACACGCUGACUAACAGCAGCAGCUUUGAGGGUUACAUCGACCUGGGCCGAGAGCUCUCCACGCUGCAUGCCCUGCUGUGGGAGGUGCUGCCCCAGCUCAGCAAGGAAGCCCUCCUGAAGCUGGGCCCGCUGCCCCGGCUCCUCAAUGACAUCAGCACGGCACUGAGGAACCCCAAUAUCCAGAGGCAGCCGAGCCGGCAGAGCGAGCGGCCCCGGCCUCAGCCCGUGGUGCUGCGGGGCCCUUCGGCCGAGAUGCAGGGCUACAUGAUGCGGGACCUCAACAGCUCCAUCGACCUUCAGUCCUUCAUGGCUCGAGGCCUCAACAGCUCUAUGGACAUGGCUCGCCUCCCCUCCCCAACCAAGGAGAAGCCCCCGCCACCACCGCCUGGUGGGGGGAAAGACCUGUUCUAUGUCAGCCGCCCACCCCUGGCCCGGUCCUCCCCCGCCUACUGCACGAGCAGCUCAGACAUCACGGAGCCGGAGCAGAAGAUGCUGAGUGUCAACAAGAGCGUCUCCAUGUUGGACCUGCAGGGCGAUGGGCCCGGCGGCCGCCUCAACAGCAGCAGCGUGUCCAACCUGGCGGCUGUUGGGGACCUGCUGCACUCGAGCCAGGCCUCCCUGACCGCGGCUUUGGGUCUGCGGCCUGCGCCUGCUGGCCGCCUCUCCCAGGGGAGCGGCUCGUCCAUCACGGCGGCUGGCAUGCGCCUCAGCCAGAUGGGCGUCACCACAGACGGUGUCCCUGCCCAGCAACUGCGCAUCCCCCUCUCCUUCCAGAAUCCUCUCUUCCACAUGGCCGCUGAUGGGCCAGGCCCCCCAGGGGGCCACGCAGGGGGCGGCGGCCACGGCCCACCCUCCUCCCACCACCACCACCACCACCACCACCACCACCGAGGCGGAGAGCCCCCAGGGGACACCUUUGCCCCGUUCCAUGGCUACAGCAAGAGCGAGGACCUCUCCUCAGGGGUCCCUAAGCCCCCUGCCGCUUCCAUCCUUCACAGCCACAGCUACAGUGAUGAGUUUGGACCCUCUGGCACUGACUUCACCCGUCGGCAGCUCUCACUCCAGGACAACCUGCAGCACAUGCUGUCCCCUCCCCAGAUCACCAUUGGUCCCCAGAGGCCUGUCCCCUCAGGGCCUGCAGGCGGGAGCGGUGGUGGGGGCAGUGGCGGGGGCGGUGGGGGCCAGCCGCCCCCUUUGCAGAGGGGCAAGUCUCAGCAGUUGACAGUCAGUGCUGCCCAGAAACCUCGGCCGUCCAGUGGGAACCUGCUGCAGUCGCCAGAGCCGAGUUAUGGCCCUGCCCGCCCACGGCAGCAGAGCCUCAGCAAGGAGGGCAGCAUCGGGGGUGGCGGGGGCAGCGGCGGCGGCAGCGGCGGCGGCGGGGGACUCAAGCCCUCCAUCACCAAGCAGCAUUCCCAGACGCCGUCCACGCUGAACCCCACGAUGCCGGCCUCCGAGCGAACGGUGGCCUGGGUCUCCAACAUGCCUCACCUGUCGGCUGACAUCGAGAGCGCCCACAUCGAGCGGGAAGAGUACAAACUCAAGGAGUACUCCAAGUCUAUGGAUGAGAGCCGACUGGACAGGGUGAAGGAGUAUGAGGAGGAGAUCCACUCGCUGAAGGAGCGGCUGCACAUGUCCAACCGGAAGCUGGAGGAAUAUGAGCGGAGAUUGCUGUCCCAGGAAGAGCAGACCAGCAAAAUCCUGAUGCAGUAUCAGGCCCGGCUGGAGCAGAGCGAGAAGAGGCUACGGCAGCAGCAGGUGGAAAAGGACUCCCAGAUCAAGAGCAUCAUCGGCAGCCCGUCCCUUCAGGCUGAUGCUGGUGGAGGAGGAGCUGCGCCGGGACCACCCCACCAUGGCUGAGCCGCUACCCGAACCCAAGAAGAGGCUGCUCGACGCUCAGCUCCUCAUCAGGUAAUUCUCCUGGUUCCGCUUUGACCACGGGCGGAGGACACAGGGGGAGGUGACUCCGGACCACUGCAGGUUGGUCGUGAAGCCCACUCCCUCUGACUCUCCAGAGCCCCUCCCCGGUUCACGGCUGCCCCCCACACCUGAGGACCUCCCCAGAUGCGACCCUCCGGACACCUGCACAGACCCAUCUUCCCAGGCACUGCCCCAGAGCACUUCCUUCCGCCUCCCAGAACCGUUCAGGGACCCCUGCCCGCUACCAAGCGCUUUACCCUAGACGCCUGCACAUCCCUAGAUCACAGCGCCUCCCCACACAACCUCCCCGCACCUCCCCCUGAACCCUGCCUCCUCCUCUAACCUCUCCAGUGUAUGUCUGUCACCCCCCAUUUCACCAAAGCGUCCUUGGGGGUUGGGACGUUGGGGGUAGGGUUUGUUAAAGAGGGGUGGUGACGCUGGGUUAGGGGGGCGCUGGCUAAAGGGGCUGUGAUGGCUGCAGCAGGUAGGCUGGGGUUUCCUCUUCCUUCUCCCUCCCUCUGGUUCUGUGGAGAGCCCUCCUUCCUUCCACCCCUCACCUGUUGAUCUUCCUCCUUCCCUACAUCUGUGAGAUAGACAGCAUCUGGGGCUCCUAUUCGGCCCUGCUGGGUGGGAGUUAAGUGUGUAGUUAAUGCAGGGAGACUUUGGGGGCUUGGAGAGGGUGCCAUUCAGAUGUCAAGACAGUAAGGGUGAGUGAAGCAAGGAGAAGGAUCGAGAAAGGAGACCCUGAUGGAUGUUAGGAUGUGGACGGGCCCACAUGGUGUGGGAGUUGGCAGUGGCAGGAGAUGUCUUCUUAGAUAAGAUCAUGGGCUGGUAGCCGUGUUGCUUUCAGGCAGAGAUGCUAGGUUGGGGGCUGCUAAUGCCAUUCACUCCCUUUCUCCUGCUACCCGGACAAAGAAUCCUACCUGAAAAGCCAGUAAAUGGGAACCUGUCAACCAGUGACAUCACUUCUGAGAGGCUUUAUUUUCUGCAGGAUGGAUCUGCAGUGGGCAGUGGCUCCUCACACUGUAAUUUUAACUCUCUGCCUGCCCAGCCUCUGUCAAAUUAGUUAGUGAGCUGAAAACAGAUGCUGCCAGGCACCAGGGGACCUCACCAUUUAAAGGACUCCUGUGGUGAAUUCUUUUGUAAAAUGAAUAAUGGCACCCUAAUUUAUCUCCUUUCUAAAUUUGGGUCCCUGGGGGUGUAGGGGGCAUGCAGACAAGCAGAGGGAAGGGAGUCUGAGGUUUCCUUCCCCUGCUCUCCCGCCACACUCAGGAUGCCCUACUGCACGUGACUUCCUCUCUCACUGACUCCUGGAGAAGUGUGGGAGAUACUCAGUAGCUAAGAGGGCAGCUUUGCUUAAAUCUUGGGUUUGGGUGACCUUUGAGAGGUGAGGAAAACUAAUCCAGGAGCCUCUGCCUGGAAUGUUGUUAACGUCUUUAGCGAUUUGGUCAGACACAGCUUGGUUGCUAGGCUUCAAUGCCCUAUAUCCCAGGAAAUAAUCUGGACACUUUUUCUAAACCCCCUUCAGGUAUUGGUCCCUCUGCAACUCAACCAUUAACAUAAAAAUUAAUUUUAUGUCUGUAUUUUUAAAAGCCAAAUGAGUGACCUGAAGCAUAGAAUACAUGGUGUUCUUCUCCGCUCCCAGCAGAGGAACAGAAGCCAGAGCUGAGGGGCGGAGACAGGAGUUGGUCCAGGAAGGGUAGGAAGGGGUAGAAUAGGACCAGGGGUGGGAGUCCCCCUCGCCCUCUAACUGGGAGCCCAGGGUGAGGGGACGAAAGGAACGUGGGGGUGGAGAGGAACAAAGUCCUUCUGCUUCCUGGGGACGCAGAGCUUGGGGCAUGCUGCGUCUCUGCAGGAGCUCCUGGUCCUUCCUUUCUGAUACCAGCGUGAGAGAGAGGCAGCCCUCCCACAGGAUUUUUCCCUUCCCACAUUACUUCCCUGAAUCCCAUUCCUUCACCCCAGUACAGUUAAACCUCUCUAAUUUAGAAUGUUGUAUUUGAGGAGAUGGCCACUCUGAAUAAGUGACAAAACUGAAUGACAGUAUCUGUUUAAUGAAAUGCAUGUCUUCAGAAUAUAUACAGUAAGUAGAACUCCAUGGACGAGGCUUUUCCACUCCAGGCCCUCAGGGAGCAUGUGUUAAUGAGUGGAUAGGAUUGAAAAGCCUGUUUUCUGGUAUAGAUUAAAUAUUCCCUCCCACAGACAUGUUUCUACUAUUAAUUUGCUUAGCACAUUCUUUCUUCACAGAUAAAGGAAAACUCAAGCCCGGUUUUUGUUCAAAUUAUGAAAAAAUUCCAGUCCAUGGGGGUUUGGAUUAAUGAGGUUUUGCUGUACUGCCUUUCCUUGUUCCCUCUGCACUAAGUUCCCACCUCAGGUUGGCGGUGGCCUGGGAGGGGGCCCUGGCAGCGGAACGUGCCAGGGUUAGCUUGGGGGUGAGAUAGGAAACUGACCUCUUUUGAAAUGGGUUCCUGGUGUGACUCCUGGGGUUGAAGGCCCCAGUUAGGAGUCGGGGUGAGAGUCUCUUCUCCCUGAUUUCAGAAGAUGUACCUUCUCCUGCAGGUGAGAACAAAUGAGGAGGAUGUGGGUGGGAGGGGUCUCCUGGGGGAAGGGGGUUGGGACAGUUGGUGGAGUGGACCAGCUCUUGGGGGAGGCCACUGCUUGGGGGCUGGCAGCCAGGCCCCCGCGAAGCGUCUCAAUAAGUCCGCGCUCUCCUCUUUGGUAUCUUGCAGGAGAGGCAGCUUCCCCCCUUGGGUCCAACAAACCCGCGUGUGACGCUGGCCCCACCUUGGAACGGCCUGGCCCCCCCAGCCCCACC